UUUUUAUUUUUAUUUUUGUUCUUUUUUAUUUUUAUUUUUCUUUCUUCAUGUAUAAAUAAAUGGCAGAUUCUGAAGGAACACUUGCUUUUGAAUCAGAAAAGACAUUAGCUUCUUAUCGGUCUUCACCGUUACCUACUCCUUAUUCCUCAUCAUCUGUCGAACCUGCAUCGAUCAUUGAUUCUCGAGACACGCAAGCCGAUGCCAUGAGCAUCACUGGUAAAUGCAUGUGUUGCAACAGCGAAUUAAAAUACCCACAUACCGUAUCACGAUUUCGAUGCCCCGUAUGUGAUACAGUCAAUGAUUUGAAACCGCAUAUCCGACAGCAACUGUCGAACCAGCCAUUGACUUUGCGCCUGUUGAAGAAGAGUGUGCAUGAAUGCAAAUUAAAAGAACGAGCCAAACGUACGAAAAGAGAAGUAGAUGAAAAGGAACGAGAAAAGAUUUAUGAACCUGUUGAAAAGUUGAUUGAAACCAUCUUUAGUAGUUGGGUUUGCUUAAAUCAUAGCUUUUGCAAUGAGGAGGAGGGGGAAGAGGAAAAAGAGGAAGAGGAAGAAAAGAUUGGGUUGAAUAUGGCCGAUGUGAAGGAUGCUUAUCGUAUUCUAUUGAACCUGCCAGUCAAUGUGAUUCGAGUCAUGAUGUCUGCCAUCGAUCGAUUACUAAAACGUCCUGCGGUACCUUUGAAACGCAUGAGUGAUAUAAGGUUCCUGCUGAUCAUUUUGGAGAACCCUUUGCUGGCACAACACAAUUUUCCAGCCGAAACAAAAUACCAUCACAAUCUACUGAAACGCGUUUUCGGUAUUCUCAGCUGCUUGAAUAACGAAUGUCAUCACGGGCUGGUACAAUGGUUUUCGAGUUAUCCGAUCAAGGGAUUCAAAUCCAAAAUUGACUUGAUUCAUGCAUUUCUCAGUCAUCGCAUAUCCAGAGCAAGAAGAAGUCAAUCAGCAUUACCCACAGCCUAUGAAUCCGAUUGGAAAAUCGCCAGUGCCGCACGAGUCAUGGCCCUACUAUUCGCAGCGAAUAAUCAGGCCAAUAAGGUGCAUUUGUCCGAAUUCUAUAAUACCAUGGCCGACUACAUUAACCUCAUGGGCGACUUUGAAUCAUGGCAAUCGCAGUCAGGAAAAUUUGCUUUUUGCCAAUACCCGUUUCUGAUUAGCAUGGGUUCCAAAAUGAAGAUUGUGGAGUCGGAUGCCAAACAACAAAUGGAGACGAAAUGGCGCGAAGCCUUCUUCAACAUGCUAUUUCAUCAAAAGGCCUCCAACCCGUACCUCGUAUUACGUGUCUCGCGCGAAAACCUGAUUGAAGAUUCUUUACGGCAGCUGGCGCAAAACGAAUCCGACCUCAAGAAAUCGCUGCGGAUAGAAUUCGUGGGUGAAGAUGGCGUGGAUGCCGGUGGACUUCGCAAAGAAUGGUUUUUACUGCUGGUGCGUUCACUGUUUGACGCUCAAUAUGGUAUGUUUACCUUUGAUGAGGAUUCCAAUCUCUGUUGGUUCAACCCGGCCAGUUUCGAAAACGAGGAUCAGUUCUUUCUGGUGGGCGUGGUCUUGGGUUUGGCCAUUUAUAAUUCAACCAUCCUGGACGUUCAUUUACCCACCGCUUGUUAUAAAAAGCUCUUGCAUUUACCCAUCGGUCUGGACGAUAUGCGUUCGUUUCGUCCCGCACUUGCCAAAGGAUUUGCGCAACUCCUCGCAUUUGAGGGUGAUGUCGAAAACGUCUUUUGCCGAUCGUUUGUGGCCGAGAUUGAAGUGUUUGGACAGCGUCAAUGCGUUCCCUUGGUGCCGGGCGGAGAGAAGAAGAUGGUCACACAAGACAAUCGCCACGAAUUUGUGGCGCUGUACGUUGACUUUAUUCUCAACCAAAGUGUCGAGCGUCAAUUUGGAGCGUUUCAACGUGGUUUCUAUCAUGUCUGCGGUGGUAACGCCCUGUCCUUAUUUCGUCCCGAAGAAAUUGAGUUGCUGGUGCGAGGAAGUGAUGAACCCUUGGAAAUUGAUGAUUUAAAGGGACAGACCGAGUACAUUGGUUUUGACGAGAACGAGGAAACCAUUGUAAACUUUUGGAGCAUCAUGAAAGCUAUGGAGCCGGAGAUGCAGCGUAAAUUACUCAUGUUUGUCACAGGGAGUGACCGUAUACCCGCCACAGGUGCUACUCAAAUGAGCCUCAAGAUCACGUGUGGUAACAAUGGAGACAGCGAUCGAUUACCGUCGGCGCAUACUUGUUUCAAUCAAUUGAUCCUGUACAAGUAUCAUACCAAAGAAAAACUGAAGAAAAUGCUGUACACGGCCAUACAAGAAAGUCAAGGAUUUUAUGUCAAAUAAAAAUUAAG